AAGGCAAAAACUCAGAAGAAUAAAGCAGCAGGUGCCCCGACAGGGAGAAGCAGAUCUCUGGUGAGGGAGAGCGUGUAUCUCCAGCCAAAGACAAAAUCCACCAGAAAGGCAGCCUGGGGGCUGUAGGUUUAGGGCACUGGAGCAGCCUCAGAGCAUGUGACUCUGCCUUUCAGGCAGAAGAAGGCAGAAGACCAAGAGAUCCCCAUCCACACAGAAAAGGUACAGGUGAUCAGGGCUGGAGGAGGGUCCUCCUCCCUCACGAGAGGUGGGGGGGUAUCACUGCCAUAGCUCUGCUCUCAGAACUUCCUGGAGGGAGGGCUGUGGGUACAGGCUGGGAGGAGGUAGUUCUGCACACCCAAAGGCCUGGUCCCAGAUGCCCUGGAGUCUAUACUCCAGUGGCCUGGACCCCUCUGCCCUGUCUUCUCCAUGCCUCUAAGGCCUCCACAGAAGCCUCGAAGACUGCUCACACGAGAUCCAGGAGAGGAGCGGUCCAACAGGAUGCAGAAAGGGAGGUCUCAGCUGCAUACUGCCCAAAUGACCCAGAUGGAGCCACCAGAAGCCAUAGCCAUAAAGACUGAGCCGACUACACAGAGGACAAGAGAAUUCAAGAGCCCUGUGACUACCCACUCAGUUUGGUCAGGCCCGGAAGCCAAAACUCAGAGCGUGACAGACGAGAACCUACUGCCCCUGACACCCCGGCAGCUGACAGCCUUCCAGGAUAUCUUCAAACUGUUCAGCUGCAGCCCAACAGGCACCGUGGACAUGCGCAGCAUGAAAAUUGCCCUGCGUAAUGUGGAUAUCCAACUGGGCCCACAGGAGAUGUGUGAGGCUCUUCGGCUGGCAGACUUGGAUGGUGAUGGAAUCGUAAGCUUCAAAGACUUCCUGGGUGUCCUCACUGACAACCAUUACUUGGUUCAGUGCCUAAGGCAAGUGAGAAACCAUAGGGUCUGUGACCACCGGAGCCUAAAGACCCUGUUCAUAGAGAUGCUGUUCAAGCUGCUGAACCAGGGCUUUGUGCCCUCCAAGUCCGCGCAGGAGGUGAUGAGUUACUACUUCAAGAAGCAAAGGACUCUGCAGCUGAACCCGGGGUGUAAGGGUCGGGCCCGCGGCCAGGGCCGGCCUUCGCGCGCUCACGCUGGCCUCAACUUCCUCUGUCAGGCGGCGCGCGUCAGCGGCCUCUCCAACACUGAGCUAGCGCGCUCGCUGCACACACUGUACAAAGCGGGUGCGCGCCCAGUGGGGCGCGGGCGGGGGCCCGAGGCGCGGGGCUGGGGACCGCGAGAGAGGGGACACUCUCGGUCACACACAGUCCCCACCCCCAUUUCUGGCCUCCGAGGACCCACUCCCCGCACUGUCCCCUCUUUCUCCUCCCGGGCGCCCGCCCCAGGUGCGCGCUGCCCCUACUCUCAGAUGCCCAAACUGGCCGGGCGGACGAGGCCAGAAUGCAAGACGCGGAGCCGAAUCCCCGGCCCAGACGUCCGCCUUCCCAAGCCUCACCAGCCCGGCCGCUCCAAGCUCCCGCCCAACCUGGGACCUGUCAGCCCAGGGUACGUGGACGAAUCGCUGGAGCAAAUGCGCCUCUCGAAGCGGGCUCCCUCCCCUGCGACUCUAGUGCAGAAGCAACCCUUCUCCCCUUCGCCAGCCUCUUUGCAGAAAACUGUGAGGAGCUUGUACAAGUAA